AUGUCAUCGUCCGUUCAUUUCAAAUUCAAGUCCCAGAAAGAGCCAUCUCGGGUGACUUUUGACGGCACCGGUAUAUCUGUCUUUGAACUCAAGCGAGAGAUCAUCAGCCAGAGUAGAUUGGGUGAUGGAUCUGACUUCGAGUUGUCCAUUUACAAUGAAGACACUAAAGAAGAGUACGACGAUGACACCACCAUCAUACCCCGGUCUACCUCCGUCAUAGCUCGCCGAUUACCAGCAGUUCGUCCCGGAAAAGGCGGCGCUGCCCGCUAUGUCUCCGGUAAAAUGCCCGUCAAUGCCCGCAACGCUUCCCGCACCGAGCCAUUAAUCACUCGAGCGCUCCCCGGAACUGGCAGUGUCAACAACAACGUCCUCGAACUCAAUAAUGCACAAACUGAGGAAGAAAAGAUUAAUGCGCUCUUCAAUCUUCAAGCCAGUCAAUGGCAAGAGCAACAGCAGGAGAUGGCCAAGUCAAUGUUCCUGAUCACCCCCCCGCCUCCUGGUUAUCUGUGUUACCGCUGCAGAGAGAAAGGUCACUGGAUUCAGGCAUGCCCCACAAACAAUGACCCAAAGUUCGACGGCAAAUAUAGGGUCAAACGGUCCACUGGUAUCCCCCGGUCUCUGCAAACCAAGGUUGAAAAGCCAGAGUCUCUGGCCCCCGACGGCUCUAGUGAUGACGCAAGGAAUACAGGGGUAAUGGUCAAUGCAGAUGGUGAUUUUGUCAUCGCGAAGCCGGAUAAGGCGGCCUGGGAACUGUAUCAAGAGAAGGCGAAGGCGUCUGCUGCUGCCGCCGCGGAAGCAGCCGCCGCGGAGGAAAGCAAAGAACUACAGGCUCGGGGUUUGGAAUGCCCAAUUGACAAGAGAAUGUUCUUAGAGCCAACAAAGACACCAUGUUGCCAGAGGACAUAUUGCAAUGAUUGUAUUUCGAAUGCUUUGAUUGAAAGUGAUUUCGUCUGCCCCGGAUGUUCUACAGAGGGAGUUCUGCUCGAUAACCUUACACCCGAUGAGGAGGCGACAAGGCAGAGGCGAAAAAGGACAAAGAAAAGCAGCCCCCCAGGCCAGGAUGGCAUAUCAGCUAACGGAAACCUUGACCACGAUGAGUUCAAGGUCAAUUCUCAGGAGCGAUCUCCGCCCCGUCAGGAAAUGGUCAAUGCAGACACGUCCGCUGAAUCAAAAAAGCGGCCAGCUGAAGACGACCCAGUCCUCGAAGUGGAUGGCGAUAGCACCAGCAAUGUGACAAAAAAGCAAAAAGGAGAGGACGACUCUGGUGCCCCGGGUACUGAAAUCACUGCUCAUGAGGGUCCGACUGGUGCUGGUAUGCCAUUCAAUCCUCAAAUUCCUUUUGGGGGAUUUGGCAUGAUACCUCCUUUUUCAGAAUCCGGGUUUGGUAACGACUCCAUGGGAUUCAUGAACCCCAUGGCUAUGGCCAACGGCUUCCCCAAUCCGAUGGGCCCGGGAUGGAAUCCGAUGAACAUGCCUUUCAAUCCGCUUCAGGCCGGCAUGUAUGGCGACCAAGGCAACGGAUUCUCCAACAUGUUUAACGGGGAUCCGUCCAUGUCGAUGUUUCCCAUGGCCCAGAUGGCUGGACAGAUGCAAAAUCCCGGUUUCCAGGGCCCGGGUAUGAACAACUUUUCAAACCAACAGCGGACUGCAUUCGGGGGCCCCUAUUCUCGUGAGGAGGAUUCACCAUAUUUCCGUCAACCCGUCAACCCACAACGCCAUCAAGCCCGGAAUCGAAGGGUGCGGCCAAGUGACUACCGAGAAUUAUAA